AUGAGGGUCCGCACGGCCAUUCUCCUCCUGCUAAUCCUCGUCGUCCUCUUCCUCGCCGCGUCGACGUCGGCGGCCAGGAAGGCCGCCGACAUGCGGGGCCGGCAGCGACAGAUCCUGCUGCAGGAGAAGGCGUCUCUGCUGGCCCUGAAGCAGGGGCUCACGCUGCCGUCGUCGGCAGCGGCGGCCUUGGCGGACUGGAACGAGUCCAACGGCAACGUCUGCGGCUUCACCGGCGUCAGGUGCGACUGGCGGCGGGAGCACGUUGUUGGGCUCUCUCUCGCCAACAUGGGCAUCCGUGGCGCUAUUCCACCGGUUAUUGGCGAGCUCUCGCACCUCCGGAUCCUCGACGUGUCCAACAACAGCAUCUCUGGCCAGGUGCCGACGUCCGUCGGCAACCUCACGCGACUGGAGAGCCUCUUCAUGAACAACAACGGUAUCUCCGGCAGCAUCCCUUCAAUCUUCAGCAACCUCUUACCACUCCGGACGAGGCUCCGGCAACUCGACUUCUCCUACAAUCACUUCUCCGGUGCCCUUCCGCUGGACCUCGGCAGAUUUGGGCAACUCCAAAGCCUUAACGUCUCCGGCAACAGCAUCUCCGGCACCGUCCCUCCGUCCAUCGGCAACCUGACUCUCCUUAAGUACUUCUACGUGCAUGACAACAUCAUCUCUGGAGAAAUACCUCUGGCCGUCUGCAACCUAACAAGCCUCAAGGAACUCGAAAUGUCCGUCAACCAUCUGACGGGGCAUAUUCCAGCCGAGCUCUCUAACCUCCGGAACAUUUUAGCCAUUGACCUCGGCAGUAACCAACUCCACGGAGGAAUACCACCUUCCCUUUCCGAGCUGACGGGCUUGCUCUAUCUCGGACUCCAGCAAAACAACAUGUCCGGGAACAUCCCACCAGCUAUCUUCCUGAACUGCACAGGGUUGGGCCUCGUCGACGUCGGCAAUAAUAGUCUUUCUGGCGAGAUCCCCCGCGCAAUCUCGAGCACCAAAGGCUGCUCGUUUGUCGUCAUCAACCUCUACUCCAACAAGCUCCAAGGGACGCUUCCACGGUGGAUCGCCAACUGCACCGAUCUGAUGACGCUAGAUGUGGAGGACAACUUGCUGCACGACGAGCUGCCUACGAGUAUCAUCGCGGGCAAGCAGGGCUUGAUGUACCUGCAUUUGUCUAACAACAGCUUCCGGAGCCACGACGGCAACACCAACUUGGAGCCAUUCUUCGUCGCGCUGUCGAACUGCACGAGCUUACAGGAGGUGGAGGCCUCCGCCGUGGGGAUGGGUGGGCAGCUGCCAAGUCGGCUGGGCUCGCUGCUCCCGAUCAACAUUUGGCACCUCAACCUGGAGUUGAACGCCAUCGAGGGCCCAAUCCCGGAGUCUGUCGGGGACGCCAUCAACAUGACGUGGAUGAACCUGUCGAGCAACUUGCUGAACGGGACGAUCCCGACGUCCCUCUGCCGGCUGAAGAGCCUGGAGCGGCUCGCGCUGUCCAACAACUCCCUGACAGGCGAAAUUCCAGCGUGCAUUGGCAGCGCCACGAGCCUCGGCGUGCUGGAUCUGUCGGGCAACGUGCUGUCAGGGGCCAUCCCCAGCAGCAUCGGGAGCCUUGCCGAGCUCCGAUAUCUCUUCCUGCAGGGAACCAAGCUGUCUGGGGCCAUACCUCCGAGCCUCGGCCGGUGUACCAGUCUGUUGGUCAUCGACCUCUCCAGCAACAGCUUGACCGGGGUGAUACCAGACGAGAUCGCCGGCAUCGCCAAGAUGACACUGAACCUGUCGCGCAAUCAGCUUGGGGGCAAGCUGCCGACUGGCCUCAGCAGCAUGCAGCAAGUGGAAAAGAUCGACCUGUCCUGGAACAACUUCAACGGUGAGAUAUUGCCCGGCCUCGGGGACUGCAUUGCGUUGACGGUGCUCGACCUGUCACACAACUCGCUUGCCGGCGGCCUCCCUUCGAAGCUCGGCAACCUGAAGUACCUCGAGAGCCUCGACGUCUCGAACAACCACCUGAGCGGUGAGAUCCCCGUUAGCCUGACCAAUUGCUACAUGCUGAAAUAUCUCAACCUGUCAUACAACGACUUCUCGGGCGUCGUCCCCACCACCGGCCCUUUCGUGAAUUUCAGCUGUCUCUCCUACCUCGGCAACCGUCGCCUCUCUGGUCCGGUGCUCCGGCGCUGCGGAGGGCGCCACCGCUCGUGGUACCAGUCCCGGAAGUUCUUAGUCAUCGUGUGUGUCUGCUCAGCGGUUCUGGCGUUCGCGCUGACGAUCCUCUGCGCCGUCAGCGUCCGUAAGAUCCGUGAGCGGGUCGCGGCAAUGCGGGAGGACAUGUUCAGGGGUCGCCGAGGCGGUGGCUCGUCGCCGGUGAUGAACUUCGGCGUGCUGGUGCUGGAAAUGGUGACGAGGAGGAAGCCGACCGACGACAUGUUCGACGCCGGACUGAGCCUGCACAAGUGGGUUAAGGCCCACUACCACGGCCGCGCCGACGCAGUGGUCGACCAGGCACUGGUGCGCAUGGUCCGGGACCAGACGCCUGAGGUGAGGAGGAUGUCGGACGUGGCCAUCGGCGAGCUGCUGGAGCUCGGCAUCCUCUGCACCCAAGAGCAGGCGUCCGCGCGGCCGACCAUGAUGGACGCAGCCGACGACCUGGACCGGCUCAAGCGGUACCUCGGCGGCGACACCACGGCCACCUUCGCGUCAUCUCUGGGAUUCUCCUCCACCACGCUUGAAGACAUCGAUUGA